AGCUCACUACGGAACCUGUACCCAGAAAAGUUAAAGUUCCUCAAAUUGGGUUAUACGAUGGGACUUCAGACCCCGACUCACACCUCGGUCAUUAUACUUCGUGGAGGAUCUAAUUGGGCCUCAGACGCACUUCGGUGUCGCAUGUUUUCUCUUACGUUGGGACCUCGGACUCAAAAAUGGUACCAUUCUCUUCCUCCUCAUUCUAUUUGGAAGUGGCAACAGCUGAGGUCGGCUUUCCGAUCUCAUUUCAUCGGGGCCCAAGUGUGUUUAUUUCCAAAAGAAUCCCUUACAAACGUAACUAAAAAAGAUGAUGAAAGCUUCAAGGACUACAUCGCUCGAUUUAACGAUCGAGUUCAGAAUAUGGAGUCGUGUCAUCCUGAAACCUUGCUUGUUAUGGCUAUCGCCGGGCUGAAACCGAACUCGAUUUUUCGCUGGACAUUGUGUCAGAAUAAGCCAAACACCUUCCAGGAAUUUCUUGCCCGAGCUCAACAGCACAUUAUUGCCGAGGAAGCUAUGUCG